CGUAGCCGGGGGCGGCUCAGCGGCGGGGAUGGAGGAGAAGGAGCAACUGCGGCGUCAGAUCCGCCUGCUGCAGGGUCUCAUAAAUGACCAUAAAAACAUCCAUGGAAAUGCUCCAGUGCCCCCGCCCUCCAGGACUCCAAGGUGGAGGAAUCCCAGGCAGACUGCCUUCAAUAGUCAGGGAGCAUUCUCCGCAAGAUAUUCUCAGCAAGCUCCAAGGGAUUUCCAAUCACCUCAAGGUAACUCCUGGAGGAAAAAAUACUCCCUUGUAAACAGACCGCCUGCACCAACACAUCAUCCUGGAAGCAGUGCAUCUGCUAACGCACUUCAGGCUUUUGUGAGUCAAAGGAAUAGCCAGCCUCCUGGGCCACAGGGAACAGGCUCGGAAAGGCAAGUGGGCUUAGCAACAGGUGGUAUAGUCAUAGGAGUCAAAGUGCCACAGAGGACUAGCUCAGCCUUGGACAAUAGAAACGUUAGUGAGUUGGGAUCCCAGCAGAGUUCCUCUGGGAUGAAAGCAGCCGUAGCUGCUCCAAAAGGAAAUGAAAAGGUUCAUGAAAGUUCUAGCUUUCAAAGUGUUGCUCAAAAAGAGGACAAAGAAACGUCUCUCUCUGUCUCCCAGAGUUUGUUGCACCAGCCUGCUGUUGCUGGAGGCAGAGAUGACGCAAGCCCAGCUUAUGCGAAGGAACUGGGCAAACUUCGGACUGCGAAACUGGCUAAAAGUGCCCCUGAGUUACGUGACGUUAUCAGUGAAAGUGCCAUAGCAUUAAAAUCCAAGCCUCAACAGCCUUCAGCUCUUCCUGAUCGAGAAUCAGGCUGGCUGGUAGCCUGGAAGAAGCCAGUAGCACACGUUCCAGCUCACUGUAGUUCAGAGCAAGUCACGGCAGGAAGAGAUACUUUGAAGGAGCCAAAGACCCUUGGAAAAUCUGAGGCACACACAAGCUCUGUGACUCCAGAGGUUGGGAUAAACCCAGUGAAGAGCCAGUUUGCAAUACCACACAAGCUACCCAGUUUCCAAAGAGCUGCCUCAACGCCAGUCUCCAGUAAAGCUUCUAAGUUCAGGAAAACCAACUAUACGUGGGUAGCAAAUCCUAGUAAAUGCCCUCGUGCUGUAAAGAGAUGGACCAGCCCUAGAGCUUCUGAAAGCACUAGGAAGCUUUCUGUGGGAGCAGAGAGAACUGUUAAGCCACUGCCAAAGGGGGACUUGGGAGCAAAGCAGAAGAAAUCCGGAGUGCAUUUGAAGCUGGAUGCCUCUCCUAGUAAAUACAAAUGGAAAGCAUCCAGCCUACAGCCACCUUCUAAGUCAGUGUUCAGGUGGCAGUCUGAGGGACGAAAGGAGGCUGGAGUCUCCCAGGUUUCCAGAGCCGACCUUGGCCUUCAGACUCUAAGCAACGCAUCCAUCGGUCAUGGUGGGUUGAAGUCAUCUUUCAAUGAUGCUGCACUUUCCACUUAUAAAGUGAAGAGCCGGACCAAAAUCAUCAGGAGAAAGGGGAGUUGCUGUUCCCCAACGGAUAAGAAGAGCAACUCCUUCCCCACAAUGCCCCCGAAAAGCCACUACUCUCUCAGGAAAAGAAACUCCCUGCGGGGAAGACCUGCACCACUGAAGAGAACCCUGCCCAAGGAGCUGGUGCAGAUCACCAAUCACCGGCUAUGCCGACUGCCAGCCUCGAGAAUGCACAUCCCAGCCAAAGAAGGGUCCAGCUUGCACCUUGUAAGGAGCCCUGUGGCUAAUAAAGUAGUACAGACUCGCUAUAGGAUAGUGAAGAAGAAUGUGGCUUCACCUUCAAGUUCGUCGUCAUCCUUCAGCAUUCCUGUUCCCAGCUGGAAGACAAGGCGACUUGUGACAUCCAGAUCUCUGGUAUUAAACCCAAUGCGCCAGUCACCCCUAGGCGGCAAAUCCCAGCAGCUGCAGCCGAGAUGGAGGAACAAAGGCUUUUGCUGUAUAGGAGGCGUGAUGUACAGGGUGUCAGCCAAUAAGCUCUCCAAAACCUCCAGCUCCCCAGUCAGGGGUGGCGACCCGAGUCACAAGCUCCACGGUAGAACAGCACGGUUGGAUUGUACAGCCAGCAGCCUCGGUUAUUCUCCUCCCAGCUGUCUGCACAGAUCAGCUACGAGCCGAUACAUUGCAAGCCGAGCUGUUCAGCGGAGUUUAGCCAUCAUUCGUCAGGCCAAGCAGAAGAAAGUGAAGAAGGAGUAUUGUAUGUACUACAACCGCUUUGGCAAAUGUAACCGUGGGGAGAGCUGUCCCUACAUCCAUGAUCCGGAAAAAGUAGCUGUCUGCACCAGAUUUCUCCGUGGCACAUGCAAGAAGACUGAUGGGACAUGUUCAUUUUCACACAAAGUUUCUAAAGAUAAGAUGCCAGUGUGCUUAUACUUCCUGAAAGGAAUCUGCAACAACAGCGACUGCCCCUACAGCCAUGUCUACGUGUCCAGGAAAGCUGAAGUGUGCCAGGAUUUCCUCAAAGGCUACUGCCCCCUGGGCGAAAAGUGCAAGAAGAAACACACACUGGUGUGCCCAGACUUUUCCAAAUCCGGCAUCUGUCCAAAGGGCGCCCAGUGCAAACUCCAGCAUCCCCAGAGAAAGCAUCACCUCAGACAGCCCAGUACCGCAGGUGACUCCAACCAGGGCAGGUCAUCACCGAAGUGGAAGAGGCUGGGAGAGGAGGCAGUGAGGAGGGAUGCCGCCCACCUCCAGGAUGAUGGGGAGAUUCCUGGACCCUCCAGCGCAGAGCAGGGGGUAAAGUUUUGGAGUGACACAGACACCCCAGCAUGCAGCAGACUUCAGAAGCUCCCGUCUUUCAUCUCUCUCCAGUCACCUACCUCUCCAAGCGAGGUGGCAUGCACAGCUGACAGAGACAAGACAGGGGAGGAUACAGGGAAGCCGCUGCAGAUCAAGCCCAGGCUGUGAGGUCAGCUCCCUGGAUUCAGCAUCUCUCCCGCCCGCCUCAUGCACUGGUCCAUUCAACAGUCCAGCAGCCGAACGCCUCAGGAAACACAGCGGCCAGGCCGGGCCCGGCACCUACCUCAGGACAGCAAGACGGGAAGAGGCCUCCUCCUGAUUUGUGUUCCGUUUCGAUACGUUCAUUUGGCCUGGAAUCUGGUAACAGUAAAUUACUCAGGUUCCCCCAGCCCCGUCGUGCAGAGAGGCAGCUUUGUAAGCGUUUUAAUUUUGGAAUAAAUGAUCUUUUAAUCUGGUUUAUUUAAAACAAACCCCUUCCGAAGCCCCUGUUUAACUUCAGCUUCCCCGGUCGUUCUUGAGUUAGCAAGAAUGAACUGUUGUGAUCAGAUUAGGCUAAACGGGGCCCAUUGAUCAGACCUGCAGCCCUUUGCACCCGGGUUCUUGGUGCCGUCUUUGGACUCCUCACAGAGAUUUGAGGAAGGGACAGGAGUUAAAGAAACCUAACUCUGUUUCUCUUCAGUGCCGGGAAGCCGCAUUGCCCAGUUGGGUAUAUUUCAACAGCACUGUCUGUGAGUGGGAAAUUAUACCGCAUGAUGAGAGGCUGGAGAACUUCAGCCAGCCAAGAAGUGCAGCAAUUGCCUAGAAAUGAGGAUGUGAGCUUCUUACAAGCAUCAGGAUAGGAAUUUGUUUUGGGGGUGAGUGGUGUGCAAGGGGGCUGUGGCUUUCGGUAGCCAGGUGCUUAAGGGAAAUGCGUGACCCAAACAGAACAGCCACAUGAGGUGAGCUCUGAAGCCAUUUCAGAGAAACAGUUAUGCCCUUGUGCCAGGAAAUUGUGGGGGCGGGGGGGGGAGUGGGGAAGGAAGCAUUUCUGAAUUGAAAAGCAAGCUCCCUAAUAUCUAAUGCACGCAGAGGAAUCUGUUUGCUAGUGAUUUGUCUGCAGCUGAGGGGGCUAAGAAGAUCUUGUGAUCCCGCAGUGUGCGGUGGGGCUUUGCAGGGUGAUCAUCUUCCCCUCCGAGAGGAGAGGAGACCACAAGGAGCUGCAGUGAGACCGAGGACAGAAGGUGAAGUCUGUAGUCAGCGCAGUGGGUUCCAUGCUGAGCAGUGCCUUGUGAUCCCGCUGCUUUUCCCGUCUGUAUCUGGUUCAUGCAAAGAGCCGAGGAAAGCAGUCUGGUUCAGUAUUCCAGGGAAAACCACUAGGCUUGUAAAAGCCAAGGAUGACAGAGUCAAGAAAGAGAGAGGAUCCGAGGACUCCGAAUUAGACCUUUGUUAAUGGUGAUUUCUCCACUGUGGUGAUAGCAGGGUGCAAGGAGACACGUCUAUAUGGAAUGUCGGCUCCCACCUAGGAUGUAGUGCCCUUCUCAGCGUGGGCUGAAUUCCAGCUCGUUCAGUUCAGGGCCAGGGAAAAUCACCUGUUUUCUUGGUUUAGAAGCCAGCGUUCUCUAGUGAUCUGACAGGUUCAUACCAUGAUUGUUUAGUGCAUCAGAGAUACUGUCUGCUUAGUUCCCAAAUGUACAGGCCAAAUGCCCACCUGGAUCAAUCCACCUGCACCCCCGAGAGGAGCUUGUCAUAUUCACAAUUCCUGGGUUUCCUUAUUUUUAACUGGUGUGUUUACUGUGGGUCAGACACUACUGAAAUGGAGCCCCAGUGAUGAUAUAAACACAACAAGCGUUUGGUUUAAAUCUAGAGCUGACCCAAACCAAACCCCCAGAGCUGAACACCUUUGCACCAGCUCUGCCUUUUACAUACGGCUCCUAUUCUGAUAUUGGCCCGAACCAGGACCCCUGGAUCCAGAUACCCCAAACUUGGGAACAUUCCAAACCCAGAGCGUGAUCUGGGUCUGACUUUCCCUCUCUUUACGCCCAGCUUUGGAGCAUUCAGAAUCAGGAUCCAGACUUAGCAGCCUCCACCCGUCUCUAGUUAAAACCAGACACAUUUGCUAAACCAGUUCGCAAUUUCUCAGCAUGUGGGAACUAAAUCGCUUGACGCUGACACAUUUUAUGUCACGUAUCCCUCCCGCCCCCAAGGAGAUGCCCUGGAGCUGGGAUAAGGGCACGGUUAUCACAUGUCGAUGCCUUUCUCUCUCACGAGGUCUGAUCGUCCAAAGUUGCUCCAGCAGCACCCUCGUGGAGGGUGUUAGUUACUCACCACAGUAGCAUCUCUCGGUCACUUUGCAUAUCAAGUCAGCUGCCGUAGAGUUUGAUUGAAAUUUUUGCGGUGAGCGGUGAAAUUUCCCCCCUUCUGUGAAUCUGCCUGGCUCAUCUCCUCCCUUCACCACAGAGCAACAAGCUAAUAAAAGAUUGAUUGUAACUAUAAUUGCAAUCUGCCGAGGUUGGCAUUUCCUCCCCGGCUCCUCGCUGCACUGAGGGACGGAGGGAGCAUGAGGGGGGUCGUUAGCAAACACCCAGUUGAUUGGGCUGUUUUUAUUUCCCCCACUCCGUUUCUUUAUCUCUGUGAUUUAGCAUCCUGUCGCUGCGUGUUCCCACUGAGCUGAGGAGUGCUGGCCGGGCAACUUCCCGAGGGCGCUGCACGUGGAGAACUGCAGGGGAAGGUUUUCUCUUUUUUUGUCUCCAUCAUUUUAAACUUUAGGGGGUGGAGGUGAUUUUUAAUGGGUGUCACUAAGUUUCCAAGGAUAGCUCCAGACAUUCCCAUCAGAUCCAGACAUUCCCAUCAGAUCCAGCAAUUCCCAUCAGAUCCAGCUUGCAAAAACCACGGAGAACCCCAUAAGGAAUCCCGGUGACAUAAUGUACUCUGCAGUGAAGCCAAGGAGGUCCAUACAGGACACGUCACAUCAUGGGAGCGCUAGGACCUCAAGAUCAAAAGCAUCUACAGCAGCCAGGGAGAUCCCCAGUAAGACGUCAGAUGCAGGGAAUGGUCUGUGAGAACGUUGCUUCGGUGAGGUUCCCUGGAGUUAGGUCAGAGGAUAGUCUAAGCAUUCGGUGAUAGUGAACCUUAGGGCCGGAUUUGUCUCUUGGUCACUCCUAUGCAAGACAAUGGGGGCUGAAUGGGAGUAUCUGAAGGCAAACUUUGGCCAUCAUUGUUGCUCGGGAGAUAGAGGCUGGAGAAGUAAAUAUUAUCAAGGCUAAUUCACCUUAUGGCCAGGAACCAGCCUCAGUUUCCCCAUUAGACCUUCCUGAUGUGGGGAGAUACAGAGGGUCCAGGGCAAAGAAAAAUCUUGAACUGAGAGGUCCCAGGAAAGCACCACGAGGCCCUGUCUCCUUCCAAACUCCUCCCUCUUCUAGUAGCAUGGCAUAGUUAGUAGCCUGGUAUCAUUAAAUGGAAGUCUGGGGCAGGUGGUGAUGAUGGUUUCGCAUCACGUAGCUGGUUCGGUUCUCAUUCCUCAGACGGGCAGCAGCCAGUGACACCCGCAAUGGGAGGUUAGCGAAAUCUCUCACCCUUGCGCCUGCCUAAAGCCUAUGGACUGCUGUGUGUCAGUAAAAUACAGAUGCGCAUACGUGCCGGCCGAGUGCUGCCUAACUUACCUCAUAUCCAGGGAGCAAACUGGGCUGCCCCGGCAUUGCCAGCAUGCCCCCCGUCGAAGCCCCUGGAUUGCGAGGUCUGCGUGUUUCUCAGCGAAAGGGAAGAAAUCCGAGGUAGCGUGUGAACUCUGAAAUCCAAUAGCCAGGCACUUUUUAUUUUCAAGGUCUUUUGGCAACAUAUUUCCCUGGGGGAGGCGAGCUCUCAGGUGCAGCAUCUUCAGGGUCACAGUGACGGGAGAAGGGCCUGUAAUGUAUUCUCUUGGGGACAGGCAGCCGCCAGAUGCGUCGCCCGCAGGUUUGCAGUGGUUGCAGAGGGGUCUGUAAUGUCUAUGUGUCUUGCCACUAAGGUUUCAACUGCUUUUUACCCCAUUUUCUUGCAGGGGCGACAGAGAUGCUAGGAGGCCGAGUGAAACUGAGGGCACGUAGUAAGUCAGUAGCUGGUUGAGGUUAGAUCCAGGGAAGUUUCUUGCCUUGAUGUAUAUUUUAUAGCCAAGCUGUUGUGUGUUCUGUACCGCAGAGAUUUCCUUGGCUCUCCUUGUGUUACAGGCCCCUGCCUGGACUCUGCUCUGUGGUGUUCUCCUUCCUUGACUAUCAGGUAGAGAUCAUGGCUGUCCUGGUCUGUCCAUGCCUGCCUGUGUUACAGCCACGCCACACGUUACCCGUGAGUCAGCGUCGCUGAGACGUGUGUCUAGAAAGGUUUGACCCCGCUGGUGCACCGUCGAGGCUGAGUGAACACUCAGGGCCCCUGGCUAUCUCAUCCAUUCAUUUGCUCUGCUCCAGGGUAGGAUGAUGUACGUUUAACGAUGCUCUUUAGAGACAAUGGGCUUGAUCCUGCCACGUUCUGGGCACCCUCGACUCCUGGUGAUGGCCUUCACAUGUGGUGCUCCCCACCUUCCGCACCAGGCCCAUGUUCUGCUCUAGCUCCCUGCCCUCAUCCACGGCAGUGGGAAUUGUGGGCCUGUUAGAUUCUUUGGGGAUCAAUUCAGUUCAGGUGUUGGGGUGGGGACUGGCUUGGGAUGGAGUUGCUAUGCUGUAAGCGUAUCGUUCUGAUUUGGCACUUGAUGUUAACGUCACUGUAUUUACUGCCGGGGCAGGACUGAGAUUCCUGGAGGGGGGAAGUGAAAUAUGCAGAGGCUUGGAAAACUGUAGUAGCCCAGAGAGCUUCUGACUUUUCCAAGUACCAGCUGCCACUCUGAAACUUCCAGGAAGAAGCGUCUCUUUAAGGGGGCUGAGGCUGGUUGUUUAUAGGGUGUGAGUUACAUCGCAGGAUUUGUUCCAGGAGGGACUGACAGAUAGUGUGUCGCUCAACUGCCCAGCGUAUCAGCUCUCGGGUUGUGUACAUUCACUGGCACAAAGUACAACCAAAGCUGCCAUGUAACUAAUUUCCAAACCUGAACGCUUUGGCACAUAUCGCUGCUAGCUUUGUGGGCUCGCUCUGUGCUCUGUAGCGGCAGGGAAGGGAGCAUGGUCCAGUGGUUAGGGCAGGUGACUGGGAGUCCAGAGACCUGGGUUCUAUUCCCACUUCCAACUUGGGCACGUGACACCUCAGUUGCCUCAUUGUGGUGUUACACACCUUUGUGAAUUGCUAAGGAGCGCCAAGGUUGGGGGGAGGGCUAGUCCGGAAGAUCUUUAGCAAACAGGGGAGAGCUGGUGGAUUUCGGAGGGGCGAAGGCACCUUAAAAAGGCUAAAUUACAGCCAAACUGACUUUGAGGCUGCCCGCUCUCCCCUUCCACCCAGUCUGGUUGUGGGGAGGGGGAGGGCUGCUCCCUGGUGCGUGGGUAAAUGAAUGGGAGCAAACCUCAGAUGUAAGCUCUGAAGGCCGCAGUCAACUCCCUGCCACAGCUCGACGUGUGGACGCCAGCUGGGGAUCCAGUGUUAAUUUUGCUCUUAGUGUGUUUUAAGCAGCCCAGCCUUAUCGUACUGCCUUGUUUCAAGGGAGUGGAGGAAGUUAGGCCAGGCCCCUACUAGAGAAGCAAUUACGUCUAACUGAACUAGCAGGCAUGGGAACGUAGUGCCACUCAGUGGGAAGGGUUUGCCCUUGAUGUCAAUAUGCUGUCCUACCCGCUUGCAAAAUCAAGAGGACAGGACCCACAGCACUGACUUGGGCAGCAUAGGGUUUAAGGCAGUAGGAACAGGCUUCUGAAGCCUGAGAAUCAGUGUCCAUCCCCACUGGGGUGACGUUCCUUGGAAGAGCCAUGAAACGGAGUCUGUUCAAAACUACCUUUCACUUUGUGGUCUCUAUGCUUGUGCUGGGCUUCGUUUGCUGUGAAACUCUUAGCUGUGUUUUAAAGGAAGCUAUUUUGAAUAAAGAAUUCUGUAGUCACUGUUGAUACUAAAUGGCUUUUGUUAAUUGAUGCUUUUUGAUAUUUAAAUAAAAGUGAAUGAACAGUUUGUGCAACAAA